CUCCCCUUACGAGCUGAGUCUAUUGAGCUGCAGGUUGUGAGCCUAGAGAGGAAGGCAGAGGGAGGGGCGACUGAGACAGAGCUGGCUGGUGUCACACCCCCAGCUCCAUUCCCUUCAGCUCAUUAGCUCCGGCCUUUAUGAUGUCAUUGCGUUCUAAAAAAGAACCCAGAAAACAAUCGGCACUGAGAGAAACAGAUACAUUUUCUGAUCCUAUUUAAAGGGAAAGCGCCAGGCACCGGGACCCAGCCGCAGAGCCGGAGUCAGGGACUGCCGUUCAGCUUGAAGCCUACCGAGUAGACAUGGUGUCGCCGGUCACAGUGGUGAAGAGUGAAGGCCCCAAGCUGGUGCCAUUUUUUAAAGCCACUUGUGUCUAUUUCGUCCUCUGGCUGCCAACUUCCAGCCCUUCCUGGUUCAGUGCCCUCAUCAAGUGUCUGCCCAUCUUCUGCUUAUGGGUUUUUCUCCUGGCACAUGGAAUUAAUUUCUUAGUCGCACAUCGAAGUGCCAGUAGGAUCCUAGCAGGGUUAAUAUUCUCCGCAGUGGGGGAUGCCUUCCUCAUCUGGCAGGAGCAAGGCUAUUUUGUUCAUGGUCUGCUGAUGUUUGCCAUCACACACAUCCUGUACUCCUCAGCAUUCGGGAUGAAGCCUUUGGACCUGAAAGCUGGCUUUGCGAUGACCCUUGUCUCCAGCUUCUGCUACACCUUCCUGUACUCCUACCUCUCAGGACCAUUCACCUACCUGGUUGCUGUCUACAUCGCUUUGAUCGGCUUCAUGGGGUGGCGCGCCAUUGCUGGGGUACAGCUGUGCAAUGACCUCUGGACUUGGACCAAGCUUUCAGCCUGCAUCGGCGCAGUGCUUUUCAUGGUGUCAGAUCUGACCAUUGCAGUUAACAAGUUCUGCUUCCCGGUGCCCUACUCACGUGCCAUCAUCAUGGCCACUUACUAUGCAGCCCAGAUGCUCAUUGCACUCUCAGCUGUGGAGAGCAGGGAUGAAGAGGACUUCAAAAAGAGGAAUUAGAUGGAACACCAGUAGGCUCGUGAACAGCAUGGAUUAUAACUGGGUUGCUGUAGCAGCAUUACUCACUGAGGGAGAUCUCCAUCUCUCAAGUUGCAUUGGUGAUAGAGAUUUUGCUUCUUUGAAGCGUUAUCUUUGGGUUUUUUUAAUCUGACUCUCCUUGAAUGUCAUUUACUUCACUGUGGAGACAACACUGGAAAAUUUAGACUGCUCUUACAGUAGCUACUCAUUGACCUUUUCCUCUUGGAAGUUUCAGGAGUCCUCUCUAAAACAUUGUAUUUGUUAAUCCUGAAGCUGAUUCUGAAUGUUAUGGAAGGAGAAGGCUAACUUAAAGAGACUGUGAAAAGAGGCUAGGCAGGUUAAGAGGCUUGCCUUCCAGCCUGGGCACACAUGUCCCAAUCCCAGCUAAGGUGAUAGGGAUGUGACAAUGAGUUUAGGUGGUGACUAGACUAGACCCCAGUUGUGGCCAUUACAAAGCCACUACACAGGGUGCAGCAACUGACAGCCUCUGCUCAAAGAAAGCCCAGGAGUAGCAUAGCAAGAGGAUAGGUAGUGCAGGUCAGGGCUGAAGUACAUUGGUAAGAAUUGCGUGGUGGGAAACUUGCACUGUACCGGAUUCUAACCGGGACUCUUUUGUGAAUUCCAAAUUCAUGCAACUUCCUAUUUAAAUGCCAUUCAAAGUUUUUCUGCCCAAUGUGAAUGCUGCUGAGCAUUAGUACUGCUAUACACUUGCAGAAGCAACAACAGAAUGCAACAACAUUCUGAACUUUGAGAAAAUGGGAAAUGAAAGGCAUUCUUUAAGCAGACUGGGUUACGAUGAAAGGAUACGUGCAUGAAAGUUAAUGAGUAGUUUUAGCAGGCAACUUUCAGCAUUUGCUUGCCUAGGGUAGUCCUGUGGUCAUGUGCUAAGAUAUAUGAUGGAACAAUGGUUCUGUCUUUCAACAUCAGACCUCACCCCCUGUUAUCAGUAGCUUUAUUGACUGAAUUAAUAAGCCUGGGAAACCUCCUGCACCUCCUCCAUAGGUGUUGAGAACUCUUGAAUCAGUGACAAUGCUAGUGCCAACCCCAAAAGACUCCAAAACAAAGGCAAAGUAUUGAAACACAAAGCAUAUAAAGCAAUGCACACUAGGAUAUAGCAUACUUCGAUUACUGUGAAAUUACUGCAGACCCAAGUUUAUAGACGCAGCCCAGUAGUGUUAACAGGCAAUUGUUUUAACUUGGCAGAUUUUCAGGGAAACCUAUUUAUCAAUUAAGGCUAGUAGGCUUCUCUUUAUUUGCAUGUCUACACACCUGACCCUAUACAUAUGUGCACAGUAGUAUGGUAUUAGCAGCCACCAUAGACAACCUGAGUCCAGCUUUGCAUCACACCUUUGGAGAUACAUUCCACUAAGAAAUCAUAAUUUAUUUUUUCUGGGCUCACAUUCUAUCCAUAAUGUGGGAAUUGGGAGACUGGAAUUUGACAUUUAAGCAUUUAUCGCUCAGUAUUUACAGCUGCUAAUGAGAGAAUAUUCUGCAUAUUUGCACAUAUUUAAUAUACUCCUUAUUCGGGGUAUUUUAUUUGUCUGUGAGCAUUUUCCCUUACCUGCAAAGCCAGCUACGUAGAACAAGUGUCUGUUUUUUGCCAGUCAAUGGCAAAGAACCAAGUUUGUGCCACUUGACUUGGCACAGCCCACUUUGAGGCUAAACUACCUGAAAAAGAACGAUUUGUGCAUUCAGAUCAAUUCACCCCCAUUUCUCCUAAUGUCGUGGAGCCUGUAAUAAAAAUUAGAACCAUUAGAGAGAGGAAAAACCUAUUUCCAACCAACCCAAACUAUUUGGCAAUCUUAUCCUCCCCUCUGCCAUAGCAAAAGUAUCUCUUCCAUUAGACUCUGUUAAAGGAUCCUGGUGAGGUAUUUUUAAUUUCACGAUUAUAAUUUUACUUUUCAAUAGUUCCUUCCCUCCUGCAUGCUGUUUAAUUUAUUGUGGGUUGCUCACAAGUGCUGAGCUGCCCCUGAUUUGUCUUUGAUGCAUGACAAGUGGAUGGAGAGGCAUUUCCUAUGAAUAUACAGUGAUAGUGCAUCAAGGGGGCUUUCCUCUCCCUUUCCCAAAUCAGAUGGUGUCCCUUGAAUGUUUAUUUUGUGGCCCUUCCUCCCAUGGUACUCAAAUAAGUAGUCCUGUUGAUUCUAAUGAGACCACGCCGGUGAAUAACUGUUCCUACAUAUGAGUGAGGAGUUCACAAGUGGGCCCUGUCACAGGGUGCUCUACGCACCACAGGAUGGCAUCUCCUCCUGGUGGUUCUGAGGAUUAGCUCUACCAGACCAACACCCUUUCCCAUAGUUGCAAGCCACCUCUCUGUCCGCAGCCCCUCUUUCGCUUCAGGAGUUGCUGCUUCCUCUUUGUGAUUCAGCUGUCCAGCCAGGUCAUCAAGUGGGUUCCCCUUCCACCAUACUCUUUCAGAGUCUCCUUCCACAGGCAGUCCUCAUACCCACUGCCCUGACAACAUCACUCCAGCAGUCUUCAUGUUCGCUGCCCUUAGCGCUACCACUCUGCAGUGGUUGGUAGGGGAACCCAAGCCUGCCCUCUAUUUGGGGUUCCAGGCCAGGCCCCUGUAGUGAACAGUUAAGGCCUGGCUCUGUACCAACCUUACUACUCUCACCCCAGACUCCUUCCUACUAUGAGUUUUCUCCCUUACCUCAGGAAGUGAAACAACAAACUUCCUCCCUACCACCUUCUUACACUAGCUCCAGUCUCCUGGCUUUGUAGAAUGCUUGCCUAUCCCCUCACAGGUGAUCUUCCUUCUAAUUAGCUUCCUCCAGUCUAAAUCGCCCCUGUUUGCAUCCUAAUUGGUUGAUGAGGCUUGACUAGGCCUAAUUCAGUCCUUACUGUGGGGAGUACAUCUCAUCAUAGGCCCUAUGCAGUGAGUGCUUUGUUUCUGAGACUGAGCCUGCAGGUUUCUUGUAGGUCAGUUGCCAUGCCCUGACUGAGGACUUGUCUAUACAUACAGGGCUGCAGCAGCACUGAUGCAGUGCGCGGUUGUAGCACUUAGUGAAGACACUACCUAUGCUGACAAGAGAGCUUCUCUCAUCGGUGUAGUGCUGUCUACAGCAGCAGUCCUGCUGGUUUAACUGCGUUGCUCAAGGGUGUGGAUUUUCCGCACCACUGCAUGACAUAGUUCUGCCGACAUAAGUCUGUAGUGUAGACCAAGCCUCAGUUUCUGCUGCAGCCCUGCUCACUAUGCCCCUUGGAAUCCAGCAAUACUCCCUUUAGUUCACAUACUCCUCUAGCCUUUGCUCUUUGUGGGGUCUCCCAACACUGUUCCCCCUUACAAAGGCAGCUCCUGUUUUCCCUGUUAUUAAGAUAUUGAAAGUAAAUGGCAGGUUUCUCAGGACCAAAUAUGACACAAAGAGACACUGUCAGGUUCAAAUUAGUCCCAGGUAUAGAGUUAGUAAUGGUAUCCACAACUGGUAUAAAUGGGACAUUGAUUUCUGUGGAGCUUUGCCAAUUUACACCAGCUGCAGAUUUGGCCCACAGUUUGCAAAGCCCUUUGGGCUAAACCCUGCUAUCUACGUAGCAAGACACUAUUAGUCACUGAAUAGUCUGUGCAUUAAGUCCAUGAAUUGAAAGAAAAUGAUCUUUAUCCGUGACUGGUUGCAAGGUGAACACACCACUUGUGCCAGGGAAAUACUAGAUGGGUGACCAUCUAAGUGCAGCACCUCCACCUGACACCCUCUUCUUUUGUGUGUCUGUCUCAAAGGGAGAUGCUGGGAGAGAGACAGGCACUGCUAGAACAAACCAGGCUGCAGUGUUGGGUUUUAUUAGAGAGCUACAUGGACGAGGACCCCAGUGUCAAUCAGCCCCCUGAUUUUAUAUUACAGACAAACUCUUCCGAGCCAAUCACGCUGAUGGGGUGGCGUUGUUUUGGACUCUUACCUGAGAAUGCUGCAGUUUAGGAAAAUAUAAUUCCACUUUGAUUUAACCUCCUAUAAAAUAUGUGGGCCUCCAUUCUCUGGUUCACCCAAGGAGUGCUUGGCAUAGGCUGGAGAGGGGGCAAAGGUCUCUUGAAGAGACUUUUGCACCUUGCCAAAUCUGUAGCCCUCUGGCCACAUGGUCAGGCUGUAGUGUAAAGUGAAGUGGCCUGAGGGCUGCAAUGAUACAAGGCAGGGGUGGCCAACCUGAGCCUGAGAAGGAGCCAGAAUUUACCAAUGUACAUUGCCAAAGAGCCAUAGUAAUAGGUCAGCACCUCCUGCCCACCGGCAGCCUCCCCGAUCAGCACCUCCCCCUCCCUCCCCACACCUCCCGAUCUGCUGUUUCAUGGUUUUUAGGAGGCUCUACAGGGGUGGGGAGGAGGAGUGAGGACAUGGCAGGCUCAGGGGAGGGGGCGGGAAGGGGUGGAGUGGGGGCAGGGCUUGUGGCAGAGCCAGGGGUUGAGCAGUGAGCACCCCCCGGCACAUUGGAAAGUUGGCACCUGUAGCUCCAGCCCCGGAGUCAGUGCCUAUACAAGGAGCCACACAUUAACUUCGGAAGUGCUGCAUGUGGCUCCGGAGCCACAGGUUGGCCACUCCUGAUAUAAGGGAAUGCUGAUCAGGCCCCCCGUGUGAGUGUUAGCAACAGAGGACAGCUUCUGCUCCUCUCCUUGGCUUGGUGAUGCUCCCAUAAACCUUCCUUCUCCUUGGCUGAUGCAAAGAGCGCUCUCUCCUGUGUAACAGUUCAGCUCACAGAGUAGCACUUAAUCCAUGGGACGACUGGCAGAGUACAGCACUAUUCUACCUGAGCACGGCUGACAGGACCAGUGGGCAGUAUUAGCAGCAGUGUGAGAUAGGCCGCUGACACUGAGAACACCCCACACUUUCAUUACGGAAUAGUUUUCACACCCAUCAGUAGCCCUACAUAGUGGGAUUCAGUAUGUUGAACAGACAUUUUGGCCUAGAUCCCCAAUAGUACUAUUCAGACUCUUAACUUCCAUUGAGUUCAGUGAGGAUCUGGACCUUCCUUCCAAGGACUCUUCAUAUUUUAGAAAAUUUAAGUACCAUUGCAAAAGGCUGGGUUAACAAUAGUGCCCCCCCAGAAGCAUCUGCUGCUUUAUAAACAUACACCAGAAAGGUUAGCUGCAUUACUGAGGGGGGACGCAUUGUAAAUAGCACAAGCCCCUGUAAUCUCCUCCCUCUAAUGCUGUUGCACAAUAUUUCCCGUAUUCAUUCACUCAAGGGAUUGCUUCUGCUAGAGCGACCAGCUGUAAGAGGCAUGCAGCAUCUCCAUUCAUCAGUUUUGCUUAUCUUGUGAUCCCCAGUUUGGCCCCUGCAUUGCUGCUCUUUGUGGAUGUCACCUGCUGUUACACAGGCUGCUUGUUUGCAACCAUCUUCCUGUCAUAGAGCCAGCUAGAGAAAAUAUGCAUGUACAGUGCUCUAACUGUCUGCUGGGGCCAGUGCUAGCAGGAUUUUAGUGAAUGGCUAAUUUAAGGCUUAUUUAACUCUCUCUUGGACUCUGUCAUUUUGGCAUAUCUGUUCUUCGCUUAUGUUCUCCAAUGAUUCCCUCCCCUGUAAGAAAGACUGACAUGCUCAGUAAAGGAGCGAAUGGAUACCUUCAUUGAAUGUUAUAAUUUCCCCCGCCCUGAGUUAGUAGGGUAUCACUUUCUUCACUUCCAGAGAGUAUUAUUCUUCAGUUUCCGGAAGCAGUUUUAAUUAUUUUUCUGUAAUUUUUUUUCAUCUCAGUUUAUUUUACGAUCUACCAAUCUCAGGCCUUGAUCCUGAUGAUGAUUGCAGAGGGUUCAAUAGGCGUUCCUAGGUGAUCUGUCAUUUUGAGAGGAGGGAGCUAGCAUAAUCUGAGCAUGGGUACUGUAAAAUGCACUGCUUCUGUUGUGGGUCUGCGCCGGAGAACUCUGAGAGAGUCGAGGGUUGCCCGGGGCAUCACAGACUCAGGCUGUUAGAGAGAGUCACCCUGGUCUCUUGCCCGUCUCCCUCUUCACAUCCCUUUAAUCCACAUGACUUGAACAAAACCCUUUUUCCUAAGAGAGCCUUUCUUGCUGAGAAGAGGCCAGCUGCUAUGGGCACAGAUUUGACACAGCCAGCUCCAAUUCUUCUGAUUAAGCCUGGGAAACAUUGACCAGUUGCUGAGGGUGCGGGAGGGGUGCAGGUGGGCGUCUGUUUUAGAUACUGUUUCCUGGGACAAAAAAACAGUUCAACACUGGUGAAAGCAAUCUGGGAUUUGAAAGGCAGUGGCAAAAUAGGAAUGGAGAGCACAUAAAUGUCCAUCUUGAGUCUUUUCCACUUCCUUCCUUAACUCUCCCAUUGUCUCUCUUUGCCUUUUAAAUUUGAAGGUAUUGUUCUACUUCCCUUUGCCCCACUCCAAACACAUACACAGCCUUUCCCUUUAGAAGCAAAAUCUUUAAGGAGCAUCGUCCAUUCUUGGGCACGAUAAUGUUGCAGGAAGGGAGUAGAAGCAGUGUACGGUACAUUGUAUUCCUGAUCCCAGCAGUAUUAACUCCUAAGUAUAAGAGGCAUCCAGUAGUUACACACUGUAUACCAGGGGUAGUCAAUAAGCGGACCACUGGUGAAAUCCAGACUGCCAGAUGCUUUUGAACAGUCUCAAAAAUCUUUUUACUUACUUAUUUUUUUAAAUGUCUCUGGCAUCUGGCCCUUGACUAAGAAAUUUGGACCUUGACAAAAUAAUUGACUACACUGCACUCAAAAUCCCCUCUGAAAUUCUUGUGGGUGGUUAAUUGAGGUUAUAUAUACAAUACAAACCACAUCUUGCACUACUGGACUAACCAUUAAGUGCCAGUAACUCCUUAUUCAGGGAGACAAAGAAUGUGGGAGUCUGCUUGAUCUGCCUAGCUUUUAUCCUAUAGGGGACCCAACUCCUUUACUCACAAAAAGCUUCUCUUGAAACCAAGAGGCCUGAUUUUCACCUCACUCCAUUGUUACACUCCUGUAACUCCAUUGGGCUGGGCUGGGCCUUACCAAUAUCACUGAAGUCCAUGGAGCUACAGUGAUGUAAAAUUGGCGUGUAGAGGAGACUUCAGCAGAGCCACUCUUGAUUUACACCAGCGUGAGAUCAGAAUUGGGUCAGAUGGGUCCUUAGUAUUUAAUACAUGGUUUAGAAGAAGGAUUUGAAGGCUUUCACUCCCUGCCUUUCUUUGCAGCAUAGCUCUUUAUUGGCCUUGGAGGGGAAAGUGGUCAAAACAGAGCAGAUAUAAAGCUCAGUGGCAGAUGUCUCCUUCUCUAUUUUGGGUGCAUGGGAGUGGUGAGUUGCCUAGUUUUGGCAGAGAGCUGGUCUUUUAUCUGGAGAGGCAGCAGAGUUGAGUAGUCUGAGCCCAGGACUGGAUAUCUACACCUCCCAAGUUCUGAGCCUGGCUUUGACACCAAUUCCUUUUUUGGUCUUGGUUAAGUCAGCUGGUCUGAAAGGAUGUAAUUCUGAUUAAAGUCAAUAGAGGUAUGCCAGUUUACAGCAGUUGAGAAUCUAACUCUCUGUGUCUGUUUUUUUUCCCCCAUCUGUAAAAUGCUUACCUACCUCACAGGGCUGGGUGAGGAUUAGUGCAUGUUUGUAAAGCACCUUGAAAGGUGUAAAGCACUAGAUAAGUGCUAAGUAUUAUUAUACUAUAGUAUUCAAAAUAAAAAUGCUUUGAAGACCCUGCAGAAAUUCACUUGAAAAAAAGGUGACAUGAAUAAAUGUUUCAGUUAGAUUUCUGCAUCAAAUGGAAAGCAAAUGGAAAACAGUCAUUUGUAUGAUCUAUUAGGGAGGAAGCCAAGCCAAAACUCUGGACCCAGACACACCCAAACUUCAAGGGAAGGGGUUUUUAACAAGUCUGAACUCAGAUCCCAAAGUUGCAGAAAGUUUCUAAAAGUCUAGAAGCAAAACCCCAAGAUGUGAGCACCGCAUCCCAAUUUUGCAACGCAGGCUCAUCUCUGAAUGAGUUAGAAUAAGCCUGAUCCAGCCAAAACAAAAUAUCCUAAUUCUAGCUCAAUUAUUGCUGAAAAUGUUGAAGUUGAACAUGCUGUGGUUCUGUUCAUCUUUUCUCAUGCAGAAAGUCAACUAGAGUUUAAGGAAUGAGUUACAAAAGGGAUAUUUAAUUUCCUUUGAUCAUAAACUUCAUUGGCUUUAAAGCCAGUGGAGAGGGAAUGCCCAUUUUGGAAUUAAUUCCUGUCCUACUGUAGGUAGGAUGUGUACAAUUUUCCAGCUGAGAAUGUGUUUGUAUGAACAGCCACUGGACUCAGAACAAACUUAUGAACAGAAUUAUGGCUCCAAAAUAUGAUUGGAUCUCUCAAAUGGUAUAAAUUGGCAUAACUCUAUUGAUUUCAAAUCAGGCCCCAAACUGUAAAUUAUUUUUUCCAGUAGCACCCACACUGGGCUAGGUGCUGUACAAACACAAAUGAAGGCUGAAGCGCUUACAUUCUAAAAAUGGGUGUAUACCUGUGAAAUGGAUCAUAAUUCUCAAGCAGUAAAACUUGCAUUAUUAUGAACUCAAAGGCAAAUACAAUGCAAAUUUGUAUUGUUUCUUUAAAUGUUUGAUAGAUAUUAUUUUUCUUAGUUUUGAGGAAGUUCUGUUGACGAUGUAUUUUUUUCCUUUUAAUGUAAAAAUAUAUAAAUUAUGUCUAUAUACCUAUAGAUAGACUAAAAAAAAAAGUGGCCAGUUGGCUGAAAUGCCAAAAUUUAAGUGGCUUGUAUUGUAUCUGUGGUGACACCAAAUUGCUGUAGAAAUAAACUCAUUAAAAGAAAAGGUGGAUGAAAUACAGGCUUGAUGUACUGUGGCUAGUGAUAAUUUGCUACUUCAGAACCCUUGUAACUAGCUCUGUGAAAGAGGGGGUCUAGGGCCUGCUUCUGCUCCUAUGAUACAUCAGUGGGAGCAAGAUAUGGGCCUAUGUUAUGCCUACUGGCACUAAAAUAGAGAGAACAUCAGGAAAUUUAGCACCAGUAAGGAAACUAUUAUCUUGGCAACCUAAUUAAACAGCAAAAACAAAAAACAGGCCUCCCACACUGGUUUCUUUGUUGAAUCGGGACAAUUUAGAAAUCCAGGGCCCAAACUUGCAGUCCUUACUCAGGGCCUAUGCAAGAAUAGGCCCAUUUUGUUUCCUAGAUAGGACUGUUCAUGGAAUCCGCUGCUAUUCGCUGUGGGGAAGGUUGGCAGAAUCUUUCCCUCAGUGAAAAUAUCCCAUUGGGAUAAGUGGUAGUUUUGUCUGGGUAAGGACUUCAGAAUCAGGAUACAAGUCCUGGACUGGUUAAUCUCAAUGACUCCUAUAUGAACUGAACCUCCUGUGUUCUGGUGAAUUAAAGGCAAAGCAUAUUUUUAAAGAUUUAAUAUACAAAUCAUGCAGCUCCCAUUCUCCAUUCACAGUCUCAGCACUUAGCCAUGUUUUAAAGGGACUAGCACUUAACUAAUCUAUUUUGCCAUCAAUUUAAAAGUCACCACAUACAGUAUGGCCACUUGAUACUAUCUAUGAUGCAUUUUUAUGUUAAUUUUACUAUUAUUCUGUAUUUGGAAUGUAGUUUUUCCUCUAAUUUCUUGUAUGUGUACCAAUAAUUAAAAUAUUAAUUUACUUGAUGUUUGUUCUGCCUA